AAGCACCCCCGCGAGAGAAGACCCCCUCGGAGAGAGGCGCGGCGGAGGCAGUCGUCGCUCAGACGCCCCCGAGAGCGCCGCCCUCGCCGGCCUCGCCCACACCGGCACCGGCGCCCGCGUCGCCCGGCCUCGACCGGAGCCCCGCGUCCACCGCCCCUACCUCCGGCGCACCCACGCCCCUCCGUGGCUCCCGCGUUGAUGCGGGGCGGCCGCGGCCAUCGGCCACCGGGGUGGGCACAGUCCUCGGCCGAAUGCGAUUGCUCGUGGCCGCAGCGUCCCAGUACCUCGCGUUUCACCUGCCGCCCAAGGCCCUUGCGCCUGGCAAUGCCGCCGCCGAGUCGGCUCUUCUCGGGUCGAGGCUCGAGGCGGCCCUGUCUGGAGGUCGAGGCGGUGAAGAGGCGGCUGCCGACCUCGAGGACAGCUUCGAGGCGAUGCGAAGGGUGGACGAGUUGGACGUGGACUACCUCCAGGCGGUGUGCCGCGUCGCGCAGGCGUCUGUGCGCAGUAGUGAUGGCGAGUCAUAGAGGAAGAGGCGUGUCGGGGGACGCCCCGCGCAGCCAGACCGCACGGCGCGGCACGGACCACGGUCUCGACGAUACACGAUUUACUUUUUUCAAGGGAGAGAAAAUUGAGUAUUAUAUAU